AUGACUGGGUCUAGCGAUGAACGCCACGAACGCCGGCGGCGCUCUGUAACCUCACCCUCCGAUCCCAACCGCGAGCGUCGGCGACAAGAUGCACCCAAAGACGACUACCCCUCAAGCUCAAGACGGCGUGACGAAGAUCGUCGGAAUUCUCGCCGAGACAACCCCCGACACAGGUCAUCCCGCAGUCCACACGAAAGGACUAGCGGCCGAAGUGACCGCGAUCGGCCCAGACACGAGCGCAGAGAACGAUCAAGUUCGGCGGGCGAUGAUCGCCGCAGACACAGACACAGCAGCCACCGACACCGCGAUACCCGCCGUGAAGAUGAGGGACGGUCAUCUCGGAGGCAUCGUGAUGUGCGAUCACGCUCUCGCUCUCCGCGGAAAUCACGCAGCCCUCCAGCACGAGCAUUAGAACGAAGCGGCCCGCUACCCUCACAAAGCGACGCCUUCACGGUUGUGGCCAACCCUUCAGAUGCACUUGCGCCCGAAAAGCAAAAACCAAACUUCAAAUCUACAGGUAGAUUGGCAGCGGAAAGCAACACUGUUCAAGUCGAUGGCGGUGGAGGAAUCGUCUUGAAAUACCAUGAGCCUCCAGAGGCACGCAAGCCACCGUCCAAGGAAGCUUGGCGUAUUUACGUGUUCAAGGGGAAAGACUUGCUGGAAACGGUCGAAUUGGUGGAGCGCAGUUGCUGGUUGAUCGGCCGAGAGCGAAUGGUGGUAGAUUUCCCUCUCGAUCAUCCCAGUUGCUCGAAGCAGCAUGCUGUGUUGCAAUUCCGGUUUGUUGAGAAGCGCAAUGAAUUUGGUGAUCGCAUCGGCAAGGUCAAGCCCUAUAUUCUUGAUCUCGAGAGUGCAAACGGCUCUAGUGUCAAUGGAGAGGCGAUCCCCGCUGGUCGCUACGUUGAAGUUAUGGACAAGGAUGUAAUUCGCUUUGGACUAAGCUCGCGCGAGUACGUGCUCAUGUUACCCCCAGUUUGA